AAUGAAUGACUUAUAAGUUGAAACCAUGUCAUGUCUAAUUGAAUUACUUUGAUGAGGUUCGUGAGAACUUUUCAUUUGAUUUUUCUCCAAUGGUGUUUUCUGGAUUAUAUUGUUGCAAUGCAUUCUGUUUUUUCACUGUUUACAGUGUGGGGCUACAAAGUAACAUCAUUCUUUUAACUGUUUGCUUGUUACAAUCAGAGAGUAUAUCACUCAGCUAUGAUUACAAUGUUUCAGUUGGGAUUUACUUCAUGAAUCCUUUGGGUUAGGCCACGUGAGUUCUUAUAGAACGCCAGCAAAAAACGCCUAUAUUGACAUGUUUCUUAUGAGUGCAUUAUAAUUGGAUUUUAAGGAUCGUAUUAAUAUUCUGCUUGAUAUAAUGUUUGUGUCAUCAUCACAAAUCAACUGCAUUAUACUUUUAAAAAAACACUUAAACUUCAACCAGUAAAAUUCCUCUUUUGCUACAGCCUGUCAAUGAGUGUUAGUUAGCAUUCUAGUUAACUGAUCCAAAUAUAAUCUUAGUGACUGUUCAAGCAAGAAUCAAAACAUCAUUGUAAGGUAUGAGAACCUCCUCCCCACCCCAAUAAGUUAUUUUGUUAAGAAGUUAUAAAAACGUAAAUGUAGGCUUUGUUGAACGGGCACAGAUGGCGAUGGCUUUCUGACUGCAGCCAAGAGUCGCGCGCAACGGUGAGUGACGUCAUAAUGUCGUAUACUGGAAAGGAGUCUAUUUCAUUUGAAUCACGUCAGAGCUUUUAUUUAUAGUUAAAAACAUGCAAAAGCUUUUUUUGUUUUCGGCUGCCUGCUGAUGUAGCCUAGUGCGUGUCACUGAACAACUAACUGUGUGGCGCAGAGAGAGAGAGAGAGAGAGAGUGAGAGAGAGAGGCUAUUCACCUCUAACCGGCACCAGCACAAUACAUUAUCUGAGCAGGUUGUACGGCGCAUUCUAAACAGAUAGCGGCACAGACUGUUCCGAGUCUACAACCACGGAGAAACAAACAUCACAACAACCGGACCGUCUUGAGUAACGGAAGAGGAAGGUAGCCUUAUAGCAGCCUACCGCUACGCAUGUUGACGCUAUACUCUGUAACAAUCCCCUGUUUUCUCUCGCUCUGGUCGUCUUUAUCAAGGACUGCGAAGGACGAACGGGAAAGUCAAAAAAGUAUUCGUUGAGAUAGUCACAUGACCUACAGAAUUUACAAGCUGUCAGUACCGGCUCACGGAAUGGAAAAGCUGUCCGGUCGGCGUCGGAGCCACAUGAAACGAAUUGGGUAAUAACGGAAGAUCUUCAUACUGGAAAACAAAAACAAAUGGCAGAAUAGAUGAACACGAAUUUACACGAACACGGCUCUAUUCAUGUGUGAACUAUUUUCCCAUUAGGUGAGACAAACCUGCAUAUUUGAACGGACGUGUGUGACCUUGUUUCAAGGGCUAGAGUUACGGCAACAUCCUGUUUCUCUCUACAUUCUCCGGGGGAUUUAUUUGGCACCAAUGGCGACUUUGAUCAAAUUAAACCGGGAGGAGAAUUCUGGACUAAAGACCGUGAAUAAUAAAUAGUGCGCUCAACCGUGUGAAGUUCCUCUGUUAGCCCCGCCUACCCCAGCAUGACCCACCUGACCCAGUUUCAGAGGGAUGACAUUUCGAGUACCGAUACCUGUCUUUUGGCUUUAAAAGACAACAAUUGACGUUCAACUCCAUUGAACCUUGAAGGACGUGAAGUGAGACGUAUUUUUUGUCUUCUUCCUGUACCUUUCACUCAGUUUUGCCGAUGAAUAACGGAAACGAUGCGUUAUUAUAAAGGCUGCGUGAAUGUGUAUUAGGCAAUGAUAGCCUAUAUCAAGGUCUUGAUUGCUGGAUGUGUCUAAUCUUUUGGAUUUACCUGGGGGGUCAAGAAACAACUGAGAGGAGACAUAAUUAUCACGAGUGUCCCUCUGAAGCACUGGAUAUAAGUUAAUUUCCUGUAUAACACCUGACAUUUUUUUAAAUUUCACGUGAGAAUAAUAAUUCUACUGACUCUGACUCUACUGAAUUUCAUGCUCAUGAAAACCAUUUUCAUGAAUGGUGCUAUAAGGAUUACACUUUAUGAAACUUGCAUUCGGUUUUGACACUGUUUAUUGAGAUCAAAGGUUUGCAAGAGAAGGGAACUUUUGACAAUGAGAAAGGAAUUGACAGUAAAUUAUCGCAGAUUAUGACAUCAGAUGCUGUCUGUCAAUAAUCAAGAGGACCGUGCUGUGAUUGACAGCUAGAUCAAUAAAAACAUAUCAGCCAAGAGGAUCUGAGGGCAUUAUUAUGGCAAUGACGACAAAAGAACAAGUACUUUUAAGGACAGAGCAAGUAGAGCGUGUUCAACCUCUCAACAGAGAUUUAUUGGAGCCAACCAAUCAUCAAACAGUCCGUCCUUCUCCUCGUCCAAUCAUGUUCUUGAAUUGCGGCCAAUUGCUGCCACCCCUGCUGCGGCACGCGGAUGUCCCAGCCCGCAUCACUGAGAGCUUCAUCCUGUCCGGUUACCGCUUCCCCAACUACAGCCUCGCCCAAUGCCUGCUCUCGGCCUUUCAGCCCACCAAUGAGACCGGCAACUUCUGGACCCAUUUCCUGCCCGUCUUCAUCUUUGCCUUCUACUUCCUGGAGCCGUUCGGUUUGGAGGGCGCUCCGCCCACCUCCGACCCUUUCUUCUACCCGCUGUGGAACUACUUCAUGGGGGUGUUGUGCCUGCUGAUGGCUAGCAGCAUGGCUCACCUCCUCAACUCCAUGUCUCUGGUCAUAAGGGAGGUGUGCUUUUUUGUGGAUUAUGGGACCAUCAGUGCUUACACCGUCGGGUCUUCGUUGGCCUAUUACUACUAUAUUCACCCCAGAGCGGGGAUCCUGGAAUUGGGGAUUGGGAGACACAACAACACCCACCAGGACCCUUCUUCGUCAUCGUCGUCAUUGUCCUCGGCCAUGCCAGAGUUCAGCCUGUUUUUCGAGACCUUGUACAUCCCCAGCUCCUGCCUGGUCGCCAUCAUCUGUGUCUUGGCCUGCUGCAACACCCGCCAGCGCUGGAGGACCUACCGCUACAUCAUACGUACCCUGGUAUUCCUUCUGCCCUUCCUCGUGGCCUCCACGCCCAUCUUCUACCGCCUCCUCCACUCCUCCCCCUACCUGCCGACCUCCUCCUCCUUCUCCUCCUCCGCCUCCAUGGCCCAGUUCUUCUGCCGACACUGCUUCUGGCUGGUGGUGUCAGCCCUGUUCAACAUUAGCAAGAUCCCUGAGCGACUGUCACCGGGUAGGUUUGAUAUCUGGGGGCAUAGUCACCAGUGGUUCCACGUCUGCACCUUCCUGUCCAUUCUCGAUGAACUUCAUAUGAUCAACGGGGAGGUGAGGGCUAUACUCCUCCACCCAGUCCUGGUGGUGCCCCCGGCCACCCCUCCACACCUCCCCGGCCCCACCUUAGCCUCCACCUACGGGGUGAUGCUGGUCCUCCAGGCCUCCAUCGCCUCCAUCAUCGCCUGGUUCUCCUGGUGCGCCAACAGCAUCUACAAACCCCAGGGAGACCAGUUGGAGAAAGAGUUCCUCUCUAAAAGACAUCUAAAGUGUCACUGAUGUGGGAUCUGAUUUGAUAAAGAGCUCUGAUUUUAUUUCCAGACGUAGGCCAGUCAGCUCGUAGAUUAAUUGACGUAAUUUAUUUCAUCACUUGAACAAUGCAGCGCAUAUCGUUUAUGGAGGUUAGAGAGGAUACCACUCCCGUAAAAUAUAAAAAAAGUAGCGUGUG